GGUCCAUUCUAGACCAUCAUCACCAAAGCAUCUCUCCUAGAACUCCCUUGCAUUCAUCCUUUUGCUCAAUCUCUAGCUCCUACGCUCUCCAGCCCCGUCAUUGGCACCGUCCAAGUUGUGGGAAACACCUCGGGUGGCACCGACUAUCAGCUUGAAGCCUGGACUAGCGGGAAGGUCAUCCGCCAGAUCCAAGUGUGGGACGACGGUAACAAAACCAAAGCUGUCAAGUUGUGGGAGACGGGUGAGACGGACAAUGAAGGCCACCUCUACGGCAGCCCCGCUGGAAGCUCGUACACCUACACUUUCCAGCCCGGGGAGCUCAUCACGUCCAUGUCCCUCUGGCUUGGCGAAUGGGAUUACGUUGGUGAUCGCGCCGGUGCUAUCAUGUUUACCACAAGCCUCGGCAAUACUUUCCAGCAUGGCUACCAAGGUGGAAGCGCGACGGUAAUCAAUGUCUACGCCGGGAUCCUGGUGGGAGCCGACAUCCAUGCCGGUGACGACGUAAACGCAUGGGGCUUUGCGUUUCUCCUGCCGCUGGUCUCUUGCCAGCUCCAAGGCGUACGCUACUACAACAUCUCUGCGCUGGGAAGCAUCGUUCCAGAGACACUGGACACCCUGAAAUGCAGCAACAACAGUGAAGUUCCUGUUCAGUGGAAGCUCGAUGGAAGCAAAGAUAUGACCAUCUCCUACUCGUGGUCUCAGGCCGAAGGCCUCACCACUUCCCAGACCGUCACUGUGAAUGCCAGCAUCCUCGACAUUUUCAAGACCGAGAGCUCUUAUCAGUGGCAAGAGAGCGAGCAGUCCACCAACACGGUUGAGUAUUCCGGCACCAAAAACCUCGAGUGGUCCGAGGGAAAUACGCUGGCACCGGGGGCGUCAGUUAACAUCCAGGCAGUAACUUACGCUGGUAAGAUCAACGUGCCAUACUCGGGUGUCAUGGUUGUCAAGCUUGACACAGGCGAAAGCUUUAGUUUCCCCCAGACUGGUACUUACACUGGUGUUUCGGUCACUGAGACUGACGUUACAAGCGGAUGAUUCAGAUAAUAGCAAUAUUGUAAUGAAAGAAGCUCCAGUCUUGCUUUUGAAAGUGUUUGUGGAAUGUUUUCCAGCAAGAUAGAAUUCUCUGGAAAGGCAGAAGCAAUCAGA